UUGCUAUCUCCCUCUCUCCCUUGCCCCCUCCCCCCUUUCUCUCUCUCUCUCUCUCUGAAAUACACCCAGUAAUAUAUAGUAGUAGUAUGGAGUUGGGUAUGCCUUCCAAGGAUUCAAGCUGGUGGAUCUUCACACUACCAGCUUUUUUCGGGAACAGAAAUCUAUUCGACCAAUGGGUUCUGUUUUCCCUUCUUGUAGCUUUCAUAUCCGUUGGGCUUCUCACCUGGGCUUUCACCGCUGGUGGGCUUGCUUGGAAACACGGCAGGAACCACUGGGGUGUUACUUCCCUCCCCGGCCCUCGAGGUCUCCCCAUGUUUGGUAGCUUGUUCAGCCUCAGCCGUGGCUUAGCUCACCGGACCCUAGCCACCAUAGCUGCAACCCUUGGUGCAACUCAGCUCAUGGCCUUCAGCUUGGGUUCCACCCCUGUAGUGGUCUCUUCCGACCCACACACGGCCAAGGAGAUCCUCACCUCUCCCUAUUUCGCUGAUCGUCCGGUUAAACACUCAGCCAAAAUGCUAAUGUUCGAGCGAGCCAUUGGGUUCGCCCCAAACGGUACUUACUGGAGGCUCCUCAGGAGGAUUGCUUCCUCUCACCUGUUCGCCCCCAAGCGCAUCGCAGCCCACGAAGCCGGACGUCAACUAGACUGCGCAGCCAUGCUAAGUGGCAUCACUGAAGAACAGUCCAAGCGUGGGGCGGUGCUCUUGAGAAAGCACCUUCAAGCAGCUUCCCUCAAUAGCAUCAUGGGCAGCGUUUUCGGUAAGAGAUACGAUGUGGGUGAAGAUGAAAGCCAAGAGUUGAAGGAGCUUCGUGAGAUGGUAAAUGAAGGGUUCGAGCUUCUUGGUGCCUUCAACUGGUCUGAUUAUCUUCCAUGGCUGAGCUACUUCUAUGAUCCUUUCCGUAUCAAUCAACGAUGCGCCGCUCUCGUUCCUCGCGUGAGGAGUUUCGUUCGUGAGAUUAUUGACGCGCACCAGCAGCUCCGUAGGUGUGACAUGGUAUCCGAUAAUGCAGACUUCGUCGAUGUCUUGCUCUCUCUCGAUGGUGAAGAGAAGCUCCAAGAGGAUGACAUGGUUGCUGUCUUAUGGGAAAUGAUCUUCCGAGGUACUGACACGACGGCGCUACUGACCGAGUGGGUAAUGGCCGAGUUGGUGUUGAACCCGGAGGUGCAAGCCAAGCUUCAAGAAGAGCUUGACCUCCACGUGGGUAACAAGGGUUUAACGGAUGCGGAUCUAGUGAACCUACCGUAUCUCCAGUCAGUGUUGAAGGAGACUCUCCGAAUCCACCCACCUGGUCCACUCCUUUCGUGGUCCCGGUUGUCCACGUCAGACGUCCAGCUAAGCAAUGGUAUGGUCAUCCCAGCUCACACCACAGCCAUGGUCAACAUGUGGGCCAUUACCCAUGACCCAGAGAUUUGGAAGGAUCCCAUGGUUUUUAAGCCAGAGAGGUUCAUGGAGAAAGCUGGUGGUGAGAAUGUGGAUGUGAGGGGAAAUGACCUAAGGCUAGCUCCCUUUGGGGCGGGUCGUCGGGUGUGUCCGGGCAAGAAUUUAGGGUUGGUGACGGUUAGCCUUUGGGUGGCUAAGCUGGUUCAGCAUUUCAAGUGGGUUGCAGACACCAAGAAGCCAGUUGACUUGAGUGAGGUGUUGAAGCUGUCUUGCGAGAUGAAGAACCCUCUCUCUGUGGUGGCUGUUCCAAGGAAUGUUGUGCCAAGCCCUUCACUGGUCUAGGGCUUUACAACAUUCCUUCCUUGCUCCUUAAGUUACUUUCAACUCUCAAGGAAGCAAGGGUCCAUUAUAUGGUUGGAUCUAGGGAUUUGUCAUGUGAUCUGUAUCUAAAUAAAUAACUGUGACUUUUUUUUUUUUUUUUUUUUGACUUUGGGGAGAUCACUGAAUCAUACGUGUAUGUUUCAUAUACGGUUAUGUGAUGACAUGUGUUUUAUAUG